CCCGAAUAAAGCUUCCUUUCUCUUGCUGCGCCUCAGCAUUUUUUUCCUGCUAGUGCUAGAUAAAACAACUAAUUAGUUGGCUUUCUUCUCGGUGGCCGGUAUUUACCCCGUGCUUGAUUUCCUAUUUCUUUCUUAUCUUCCGAUGUAGUUUUGGUUCGUCGCGAUCAACCAAACAACGCAAAAACACAUACAAAAUGGCACGGCAUGGAAUUACAACCACGUUGGACGAUGAUGCAGCCUCCUCCUUUUCCUUCUGGGUUGUCCGGGAAGACAAGAUCGGUGCGUGGUUGGGAACGAGACCCACCCCCGCUGGGAUGGACGAUGCGGGCGAAAGAUCUGCGGCCGCGGCAGCAGACGAGAUUCUCGAUAAGAACCUCCUGCGAAGUGGCAACGGCAGCUGCGAUGACGCAAAGAUCUGCUUGAACGAGGAGGAACGUCUCUUGUUCUCGGAAAAAGUAUGUGAACAAAUGUUGCAGCCGGGGGCGCCUCCACAAGUGCACGUCGAGCGUCUUCCUGAAGGCGAGGAGCACAGCACUUCUGUAGGAGGUGUGGCACCAUCCUCUCCCGCUCCGCUGGGACAAGCGUCAGACCGGGUCUUUUUCUGCCGCAAGGACCGCGUGUUGUGCGUGCGACACCACUCUCACUCAAGAACCUUAGACACCAACUUCAUCUCGGCGUUUCUUGGUGAUACGUCGACUGGAGCUACUCAGCAUCACCUUAUUUCUCCGGAAAAGUUCGAUGUGGAAAUCCGCCGCGAUCGGGACCGCAUCCUGGUCACGUUUGCCGAUGGUGACGGAGAGGAAGAGAUGCGAAAAGACUACAAAAAAUUGCGGAAGCGCAAGGAGGGCGCAAAGAGCAAGCACUUUUUUCUUGACCCACAUAAAAAAUACAAUGCGCGAGCGGCCAGCUUCUGGCGACGUCCCUCUUUCGCAACGACGAAUCAUCCCACAUGGAAGCGAGAAACCUGGACUCGGAAUAUUGAACUUCGAGAAUGGGAAUUGUGUGAUCCAGAAGAAGCAGGCACAGCUAGGGAGCUGGAGGAACUCCUGGCCUUAGAAGUUCUCCAUCAGCAGCGCAGUGCCGACAAUGGCGUCGUCUCGCGGGGGCCCUCGUCGUGUCUGUCGUCCGCAGAACCAGCAAUGUUUCGGCUCCUGUUCCGACCUCGAGAGCGCUGGUUUCGGCUCUGGCUGUGCAGCGCGAUCCAAAAUUUUCGUUCUAACGGCUGGCACCACUUUUUACCUUCGGCGGCACUACAAACUCACUUCGACAGACUCAAAGGAAAAUUAUCGUCUCAUGCGAACGAGGAAGCGCCGGAUUAUAAUUGUACAAAAAAUGUGCAGCUGACGCGCGGAACAUGCGGUACAUUCGCUUCGCAAGACGAGCGCGCUCUUCACGACUGGAAGGUCACUGCUAUUGUACGACAGGAGUGUUCCGACGCCUACUGGCUUCGCUCCAUCGUAGAAAAGAAGCUUCAAAAAGACCCCAAACAGAACUGGCCGCAACUGGCCAGGUCGUUGGCUGGCCACGCACGGGUGGCGCCGUUUUUCUACCACCCGCAACAUGCGCGCGCGCUGCCGCUGUUCCUGCGAAGCCACCACUUCCUUUCGCCGACCGGGACGAGACGCUUCUACUACAUCAAAACCGUCGUCGUCCAGGUGCUUCCACGCUCUUGUCUCGUGGGCACGACGCUCGGGUCGGGAAAACUCCAGAAAUACGCGCAAAUCUGCGGUGUGGGAUUCGUCAAUGUUUUGCUCAUUCGGAACAACGACAUUGAACACCAAAAGAUGAUGAACGCUCCAUCGGCCGCGGACGAACAAGGCGGCGCCCGGAGGACGACAGACGAGGAACACUUAGUCCAGAGGAACGAUUCAGCUGCUGCACACGACCGUGCACCUGCUUCUUCGAGCCAAAGCGAAGAACUAGAUGAUGAACAAUCUUUCCGAGAAGGACCUACCUCGCGUCACACGUUCGUGAUGGACACGCAGAAAAACACGAUCGUGGAAAAGAAUGCGGUGCUCUUUCUCCACGUGCAGGCAUCAACCGUUCCCGGCGAGGACCAACCCUUGCAGAUGUUUCUGGCGCAGCUUGAUCUCCGCCGCCUACGCUACCGCCGCCUGCCCAUGGAACGUUUCCAGAUCCCGUACCGCCUCAAAUUGUCACCGGAGUUAGGAGCAUCUUCUGGUGCAGCAGCUGCAGUAGGAGGGAAAAAUUCAAGGGGGGAAAGUAGAAGUGCUAGCCGUGAUGAAGAAGAUCCUUCCACUUGCUCCUCCUAUACAGGGAAAUUCCAUAUCAUCGACCCGAGCUAUGCACACCACGACCCGAGCUCAAGGCAGAUGACGUUGAGGACCACCGCGACCGACGACCAGUCGGUCGCGUUGCCGCACAGCCACACGAUUCCCUUUCGCCAGCAGCUGGGGGUCAACCUCCCCGGGGCCUUUGACUUUGGCGACUGCGCCUCGCCAGCCGAAGACCUGCCGGCGCACUUCCUGGUGCAGCCGACAACCACACUGCGACCCGGAACAUCGUUCGUACUCACGGUCAUGAUCCCGCAAAACGAGCAUUUACUACCGGAGGACGAGGAGUACUGCGAAUCGCACGACUGCCGCUCGCGGGAAACGGAGCUCCAAAAGGUGUUGUGCAACGCGGACAUUCUGGGCCGUUUUUUGACCAGGAUUGAGGAAAACUGAGCGGAUUCAUCGUUUUCAAAGAGAAACAAAGAAAUCCAAAUCCGAGGUGGAAAAAACAAUUUAGCAGAUGAGAACUAGAACAAGUAGACCUAUUGCGAGAUGACCCGCUUUGCUCUGCAAUACUGGUUGAUGUUGAGCGAUUCCCAUUCACGAUCAAUACAAAUCCCUACUUGCUGUUGGUACAUCUGAAAGUGCAUCUUCAGCAAGUGUGGUGUGAAAAAAAGACCUCCACGACAUGUAUUUUCUGGCCACUGCCGUUGG